GGGGCGAUGCACAGGCUGCGCGGCUGCUGCACGCGUCCCCGUGGGGCCCCACUACGGGCCGAGCGGAGCCGGGCGAGCGGCCGCGCCCUGCGGGUGCUGGUGGACAUGGACGGCGUGCUGGCGGACUUUGAGGGCGGCUUCCUCCGGAAGUUCCGCGCGCGCUUCCCCGACCUGCCCUUCGUGGCGCUGGAGGACCGGCGCGGCUUCUGGGUGUCGGAGCAGUACGGACGUCUGCAGCCCGGGCUGAGCGAGAAGGCCAUCAGCAUCUGGGAGUCAAAGGACUUCUUCUUUGAACUUGAGCCUCUUCCGGGAGCUGUGGAAGCUGUGAAGCAGAUGGCCAAUCUGCAGAACACCGAUGUCUUCAUCUGUACAAGUCCCAUCAAGAUGUUCAAGUACUGUCCCUAUGAGAAGUAUGCCUGGGUAGAGAAGCACUUUGGCCCUGACUUUCUGGAGCAAAUUGUGUUGACCAGAGACAAGACUGUGGUCUCUGCCGACCUUCUCAUAGAUGACCGGCCGGACAUCACAGGAGCUGAGCCACACCCCACCUGGGAGCACAUCCUCUUUACCUCCUGCCACAACCACCACCUGCAGCUACAGCCCCCUCGCCGCAGGCUGCACUCGUGGGCAGACGACUGGAAGGCCAUCUUGGACAGCAAGCGGCACCGCUGAGGGCUGUGCUGUGGCACUCUCGUCUAGCCUGGGGCUCGCAGCUUGUGACUGGACAGCAACAGCCCGCUGAGGGUUGUGCUGCAGUUCCCUGGUACUUCCUGGAGGAUGCCCUUGAACACUUUGGUCAAAACAACUUCUGACACACACCCCUUCUUCCCCUAGCACAACAAGGCCUUAACCUGAUGUUGGGACGGGGCUCGAACACAUGUGUGCCCAGACAGGUUGGUCUGACUUCAGGCAGAGGCCCCACGCCACUGCCUCUCACUGCGUACAGUAGGGGUGUUGUCUCACUGCAUACAGUAGGGGUGUUGUCUCACUGCGUACAGUAGGGGUGUUGUCUCACUGCGUACAGUAGGGGUGUUGUCUCACUGCAUACAGUAGGGGUGUUGUCUGAGACAUGAGAGCACCCUGGUCCAGGAUCUGCUAGGUGAGGAGUCCCAGGGACAGAUGACAGAGGUCCCCCUGGCAGGCAUGUGCCCCUCUAGCUCUGCUGUAGAAUCCUGUCCAAUUCACCCACUUAGUCUUUCUGUCUUUCCGUGGCCACCAGGCUCUUUUGGAGGCUAGCAGUGACCCUGCCUAUGGCCAGUGCUGCGGUCUCUUGCUCUGGUGUCCCUAGAUCCCAUUAAGGGCCCAGAAAGGAAUCAGCAGGCUCAAAUAUUUGUUGACAACAUGAGAAAUAAAUGCUUCUCACACAUA